AUGUCUUCCUCAUCCUUCACCUCAGGAAAUUAUUACAGACGACGUAGGAAUAUAGAAAGAGGAACGCCGAAAGAGUGUUGGUGUGGUGCACCAUCUGACAUUUUUACAUCUGGAAGCGAAACAAAUCCAGGAAGAUUGUACUAUUGCUGUGCAAAAGGAUAUCAUAAGAGUCAUUUAUUCAAAUGGGCGGAUGAGUGCUUGGUGGAAGAUGUUGAAGAUAUUAAGGCAGUGAUAAAUGGCAUGAAUAGAGACAUCUCGGAGUUGCGAGUUAACGUUGGUCGGUUGGCGAAUGGAGUAAAGACAAAAUCUGAGAGAAAAGGAGGCGAAUGUUUGAGUGAGGGUCGGUGUUUGAGGAAUGUGGUUGUUUGUGUGGCUGGAAUGGCGAUACUUUGCUACUACUACUUCUCUAUUUAG